AAACUGCGUGAACUAUCAGAAGCGAGAAAGGCUUUGCUUGAAAGUCUGGAAUCAAACCUUAAAGAUCUACAACAAGCACAGGCUCUAGCGUCUAGCCAACCAAGCAUUAUGGCUGAGAGCAAAGUAGAGGAGCUAACCAAGAAAAGAGAGAUUUUACUUGCAAAGCUGGAAGUAAAUCUAAAAGAUUUGCAAGAAGCACAGGUUUCUGCAAUGGGCCAGAUGGGAAAAGAGAAAUUGAGUGAGAGGAAACUGCGUGAACUAUCAGAAGCGAGAAAGGCUUUGCUUGAAAGUCUGGAAUCAAACCUUAAAGAUCUACAACAAGCACAGGCUCUAGCGUCUAGCCAACCAAGCAUUAUGGCUGAGAGCAAAGUAGAGGAGCUAACCAAGAAAAGAGAGAUUUUACUUGCAAAGCUGGAAGUAAAUCUAAAAGAUUUGCAAGAAGCACAGGUUUCUGCAAUGGGCCAGAUGGGAAAAGAGAAAUUGAGUGAGAGGAAACUGCGUGAACUAUCAGAAGCGAGAAAGGCUUUGCUUGAAAGUCUGGAAUCAAACCUUAAAGAUCUACAACAAGCACAGGCUCUAGCGUCUAGCCAACCAAGCAUUAUGGCUGAGAGCAAAGUAGAGGAGCUAACCAAGAAAAGAGAGAUUUUACUUGCAAAGCUGGAAGUAAAUCUAAAAGAUUUGCAACAAGCACAGGUGUCUGCAAUGGGCCAGAUGGGAAAAGAGAAAUUGAGUGGCAGCAGAAUGGCACACUUAGAGAAAAAGAGAGUCAUGCCAGAAAGACCGCCAGUAAGUAAUAAAAUUGCACAGCUGGACCAUACUCUUUCAGCACUCCUGCCUCAAGAUGAACACAGUAAAAAUGAAAUGGAACAGAUAGCAUUAAGAAAACGUCUCCUGCUUGCAAAUCUGCCGUCAGCUUUUCCAUACAUGUCCCCACCAUCUAAUCUACCACCACUCCAAAUAAGAUUAAAUAACCUCCCUGAGAAUGAAAUACAAGAAUUAUUAGACAAAAAAAGGCAUCAUUCUACAAGUCAAGUAUUCAGUCUGGACUAUCUGUCACAAGCAGAGGCCCUUGCACAGAUUCUGGUAGAACAAAACAUCAUGGGGGCAGAAGCUCAGCGGUUACUAGCCACAGCAAUUCAUCAGAAGAAAAAGAAAGUGAAGAAAUUCCCCAUUUCACAAAAUAAAGACCUUAAUAAGGGAGUCUUACUGAUUCCUCAGGACACAGACAAGGAAUCACUCUCUAUUUCUGGAAAGGCUUACAAUGUGCUGAGCUCAAGGUCUUCAGAAUUAAAAAAGGAUCCAAAACAUUAACGAGGUGGCUCUAUCUUACUUGCUCAUUGCAGAACAGUUCAGUGAUUACAAGUUUGUGGCAUAAAUAAAAAGUCAA